CAUGGCGAUGCCUGACACUGUGCAUCCAAGGCGUGUGUCCCCCCCGCCUCCAAGCUCUUCUCUGGCCAUAAAGGCCAGAAGGCAAACCGACCCCAGGGUUGGGCUGCUUCUCUCUGGCUGAGCGGCUCUUCCGGAGGGAACUGAGACGGCAAGGAGCUGGGCCCGGGCGUCCCCUCCUGUGGCCCCAGGAUGCUGGACUCCUCGGUGGCAGAUCAGCUGACCCGGCUGACCCUGAAACUCCUGGAGAAGAAACUGAAGCAAGAGCGCGAGGACGUGGGAGUGCAUUCUGAGGACCGCCCCCUCACGCCCGGAAAUGCGGAUGAGCCAGAGGCCGCGCUGCGGAGCGCUCUGAGGAGGAGGAAGGACCUUCUGCAGAGACUCCGGGAACAGCACCUCCUGGAAGAGGUCUCCCGGGCCCGUGCCUGGAGGGGGCUGGAUGGAGGAGCCCGUGGGUCAGUGCUGCCCCCAGAGGUGGCCCCCGUGGGCAUCCACCCCUCUGUCUCCCCGGCCCCACCCACCCUGGACCCACCGCAGAUCACCCAAAACCCGGCACCCCCACCCCCCCCCACCAUCAUCCAGCCGCUGCCUCAGCAGCCACUCAUCGCACAGAUCCCCCCUCCCCAGGCCUUCCCCACUCAGCAGUCAGGAAGCAUCAAGGAAGACAUGGUGGAGAUGAUGCUGAUGCAGAGCGCACAGAUGCACCAGAUCCUCAUGCAGAACCUGAUGCUCAGAGCCCUGCCCCCAUCAGCACUUGCGGCCGCCCCCCUGAGCCUCCCCCCACAGGACCCGCAGUGGGCCCGCCCCACCAUCCUGCGAGCCAAGAGGCAGAAGCCGCCCUCUGUGUACCACCAUUACCACUACGCGCCCCCAGCCCCGCUGCAGGCCAGCCCCACUCCUGGCUCCCCGGUGGGUUACUGCACGUGGCCCCCGGUGGUCUCCGCCACUGCCCUCCCUCCUGCUGCCAGCUUCCUGCCCACCGUGUGGCACGUGGCCGGUCCCUCAGUGGCCGCUCUUAGCACGGCGGCGGACGGUGUCCCGCCCGCACAGGCUCCAGGCCUGUGACCCCGCG